AUGUCUACUUUCCAAAAGCCCCCUCAAGCGGCCUUGCUCGAUUAUGAAUCCGCUCGGUCUAUGCAUGAUGGUGCCUCCUACUCCAGCUAUGGACAAACGCCUUAUGUAACAAAUGCCUCUAUGGUCCCUUCACCCAUGACCGAUCACACAAGCCAGAUUUCCGAUUGCGUUCCCUACAUGAGCAACCAGAGCUAUGCUAGCUCCUAUGAGGAGGGCCGGUCUCCGAUGCUGGGUGGAGAGUCUCGCCAAGUACCAGAAAUCCUCUCCUACUCUCCUCAGCGGGGAUCUGAAGGUACAAGAGUGUUUUUGGAAAUUCAGUCGCCCUACGAUCUUCACACCUCGUCAUAUGUCACGGUGUAUCUAGUCUUCGGUUCGAAGAAGACCGAGUGUGUUCCCCAUUUCGUUGGAUUUCAAGGAACCGCGUUCCAGUAUGCCCUUUCCGUGGACACUCCCCCUUUCAUGUCGACGGGGUCCCCAUCAUUCGCUGUGCCGCUCCAAGUAGUAGUGGAUGGACAAGGAGAGUGUCCUACGACCGCUCUGCAGGUUGGUGUCUAUACAUAUGAGCAAGCCUCCCACCAUUCGCCUUCCGAUGAAUCCCGCAAGAGAAGAGUCUCGUCCUUUUCCGAGGACACCUCCAGGCCCACCAAGAGAAGCGGCGUCCAGAUCAUGCACACAAGAGAUCACUCCGCCAGCUAUUCGACAACCUAUUCGCCCUACUUGCAACCUCUCCCGGCCAUGAAUGGCUUUGCGACCCCGUAUCAUGCAGCUCCCUCGCCUCGAGUUGGCCCUGCGCAAUACUCAACUGUCUCGGCAUCUUCGCAACCAUCCAUCAGGGCGCCUUCUCCCUUGACUCCAUCGUGGAGUCCUUCCUACAUGUCUGUCAGUAGUGAUCCUCGGACGCCGGGUUUCGGCGUCUCCCACGGUCUUCCCCAAAAGGCAUCGUCCCCCGGUCGGUUUUCGAACCCAACGCUUAUUCGAACGUCGACGCUACAGCACUCUGCAUCCAUUCCUCAAACGCAAUCCUUCAACCCUUACGCCAUGUACCCGUCGAAGGCCAUUCUGAAACUAAAUGGAGACUUGGACACCAUGACCGAACAUUGGACGAAGGAAGAGCGCGACAUGAAACGACGUUUGGUGCAGUUCACUCGGGUCCAGAACGGCAGCACGAUCCACGCCGAUUUCAAGCCCGUUGCCCCAGAGGACCGAGCCCCCAACAGCAUUUGUAUCAGCUGUAUCAACUGGGAUGGGAAGGAUGAGUGUUUUGUGACCAGCGUUGACACCAUUUAUCUCUUGGAAUCGCUCGUCGGUGUCCGCUUUACUGUGGAGGAGAAGAACCGCAUUCGAAGGAACUUGGAGGGUUUCCGUCCUCUCACCGUGUCGAAAGCCAAGGCCGAUAGCGAAGAAUUCUUCAAAGUCAUCAUGGGAUUCCCAGCGCCCAAGCCCCGAAACAUCGAGAAGGAUGUCAAGGUCUUCCCCUGGAAGAUCCUGAGCCAUGCUCUGAAGAAGAUCAUUGGAAAAUACGUGGGUGAUUCCAUUUCCUGCCUCGAUACUCCUGCUUUCACAAAUGCCUUACUAACGCCAAAGCCAAUCCAGUCCGCGAGCUACUCUUCCACCGCCGGCGCACUUCCUACUCCAAUCGCAUCCAACUACACGAGCAAUGGCGCUGCGUCCGAUUCAGGGACCGAGCCCUUGAACGCAGGAUCGCCCCAGUCUGUUUCAGAUACCGCUCCCUCGACAACGUAUAGUUCUGCCAUUGGAAUACCGGCUUAUUCACCCCCAACGGGUCAUUCCGGCGCGCCAAUGACGAAUCCAGCUGAAAUGCGUGCCGUGCUACCGGCCAUCAGCCAGUCUUACCAUAGCAUGGCCGCCCCUUAUCAAUGCGCACCAGUCUGCCAGCAACCUAGCCAGAUUGGCCUCACUGCUCCAGUGAGUCGGGCCUGGGAGUUGAACCAUCUCGUCAACGCCCCUCCAGCCAGCGGACCUCCUAGCAGCACUUCCUGCUACACCUAUAUGGCUCCGAUGUCAUACUCGCUCCCAGAUCAAGGUCCUUAA